AUGACAGAAACUGUUGAACAUCUUCGUGAUUUCAAUUAUUAUAAACUUAACUAGAAUGUUACUCAUAUCUUGGCUGAAUAUAUUUGGAUUGAUGGAACUGGAGAAAGAAUGAGAUCCAAAACUAAAGUACUUUUUAUAAUAAUUAUCUAGGUAUAUCUAACCCCAAUAACUUAACUUUCUGACCUUGAAUGGUGGACAUAUGAUGGCUCAUCAACAGAAUAAGCCAACACCAAAUGGUCAGAAAUUUAUUUGAAACCUGUGGUAUAUGUAAAAGAUCCCUUUAGAGGUGAUCCUCACAUUUUGGUAUUGUGUGAAACAUAUUUGCCAGACAAAAAGACCCCAGCCAGAUAUAACUUUAGGUAACCUUUAUUUUUUAUUAAUAGAUGGAUUGCUAAUGAAAUUAUGGAGAAAGCCAAAGAUUUCAAACCCUGGUUUGGAAUCGAACAAGAAUAUUUCUUAUUAAAACGUACAGGAACAACUCAUAUCUGGCCUCUUGGAUGGCCAACAGGAGGAUUUCCUUAUCCAUAAGGACGAUAUUAUUGUUCUAUUGGAGAAAGAAACAACUUUGGACGUGCUUUAGCCGAGGCACAUCUUAGAGCUUGUUUAAAUGCGGGAAUCAAAAUUGCUGGUGUCAAUGCAGAGGUUGCUCCAUCUUAAUGGGAAUUCUAAAUUGGUAUUGCUGAAGGAAUUGAAAUUGGAGAUCACUUGUGGUUGGCUAGAUAUAUUCUAGAGAGAUUAGGUGAAGAAUUUGGAAUUGAUAUCAACUAUGAUCCAAAACCCAUCUUGGGAGAUUGGAAUGGUUCUGGAGCUCAUACAAACUAUUCUGAUGUUAAAACAAGAGGGGAAGGAGGAUAUAAGUAUAUUGUCAAUGAAUUGAUACCUUUAUUAAGUAAUACUCACAAAGAAGUUUUAAAAUUAUAUGGAGCCAAUAAUGAAAAAAGAUUAACAGGUCACCAUGAAACAAGUUCUUAUGAUUAAUUCUCAUGGGGAGAUGGAUCUAGAGGUGGAUCUAUCAGAGUUCCAGUUGUAACUAAAGAAUUAGGAGCAGGGUAUUAAUUAUAUUUAUUUUUUUAGUUAUUUGGAAGACAGAAGGCCAGCCGCCAACAUUGAUCCUUAUUUAGUUAGUGCAGUAAUUGUAGAUGUUGCUUUGUUAAAUAGUACCUAUGUUAACUAACUAAAACAAUUAUUGGUUGAAUCAGCUAAACCACUAGCAUGA